CUUUGAAAAGUUGCCGGGUGCGCGGUUCCGCUCCCGCGGCGGGGCUGGCCCGGCCCGGCCCGGCCGAGAGCCCCGGGCUGGGGCGGCUUUGCGGCGGGGCACCCCAGCCGCGGGAUUGGGAAGCAUGGCUGCUAAGAAACUAAGAAGAGCACAGUUGUCUCAGGAAAUGUGUGAAAGGCUGAGCCGCUAUCAGAUCACCACCUGUCAGGACUUCUUAUGUCUUUCCCUCUUGGAGCUAAUGAAAGUCACAGGACAGAACUACUAUGAGGUGCAGAAGCUUCUUUGUAAAGUCAGCCGAGCUUGUGCUCCCAAAAUGCAGACAGCUUAUGAAAUGAAACUAAAGAAGUCUGUCAAUCCUUCUUCAGCCUUUUUAUCCACCACGCUUCAUAGUUUGGAUAGAGUCCUGCAUGGUGGAGUGCCUUGUGGAUCACUCACAGAGAUAACUAGCCCACCAGGUUGUGGCAAAACUCAAUUUUGUAUUAUGUUGAGUGUUCUGGCUACGCUGCCUGUAAGCAUGGGAGGACUAGAUGGGGCUGUUAUAUACGUUGACACAGAGUCUGCAUUCAGUGCUGAAAGGUUGAUUGAGAUAGCAGCAAACAGAUUCCCUACUUAUUUUGACUCAGAUGAAAAGCUAGUCUGCAUGACUCGUAGCAUCCACCUGUACCGAGAGCUGACCUGUUGCAGUGUUCUGAAGAGGAUUAUGUCUUUGGAAGAAGAAAUUAUUUUGAAGAAGGUUAAACUUAUAAUAAUUGACUCUGUUGCUUCAGUUGUCAGAAAGGAGUUUGAUACAAAACUCCAGGGCAAUCUGGCAGAGAGAAGUAACUUUUUGACUAGAGGAGCAUCAGUGUUGAAGUAUUUGGCAGAGGAGUUCUCAAUACCAGUUAUCUUGACGAAUCAGAUUACCACAUCGCUGAGCAGUGGCCCUGGGGUCCGGGCAGACCUGGUGUCUCCAGCUGAUGAUUUGUCCCUGUCUGAAGGAUCUUCUGUGAGUGAGAAGAGGGAUUCUGGUUAUGUGACAGCAGCCCUUGGCAACACAUGGAGUCACAGUGUCAACACCAGGCUCAUACUACAAUACCAUGACUUGCCAACAAGACAGCUCCUGGUUGCUAAAUCCCCUGUUGCUCCAUUCUCCACUUUUUUCUACACCAUUGAGAAAUCAGGCUUGGUUCUUCAGGCCAUAACCCCAGUGCACUGGGACCUGAGAAUCAGCACAGCAAGCUACAGGAGAAACAGUCAAGAAAACAGGAAGCACCGAGAUGAGAUGACCUAAUACUCUAAUAGCAUUUUCCUCCCUGGGAGCAAUGUCCAGAGCUUGGUAAGGGGAAGGAGGUGAGAAUGCUGUUCUCAGGCAACUGGUUAGCACCUCUUAUAACAACUCCUUGAGACAGCUGGCAUGGAAAGUGAUAACAGGAAAGCCAUCCCAGCUUUGGAAUCUUGCCUGCUUCACAACCAACCUGGUAUCUGGAGCACAGACCGUGGCUGAAUAUCGUUCUCAUAAGCACCCACUGCAUUGCACUGGUGAUUUAAGGAGGUUCAUUAAUGCAGCUGAGGCAGAAGUUGGCAAUUGCUGGAUGUGUAUUUUGGAGCGGUCUUCAGGAAUGUACCAGCCCUUCAUUUUCUGGGGUUGCAAAAGAGGAUGGUAAGGGCAGAGGAAAAGCACUGAUUUCAAGAAAAGAUAUUCUAAGCCGAAGAACUCUCUACCUGAGAGUUAGUCUUACAGGAAAAAAUACUUCUUGAAACACUGCACUUACUCAUUAAAAAUAAAAUUAUAUCA